AUGGCCAUGGCUUUCCGUUCACAGAGAAUUAUACGGCAUGUCUGUCGCACAGUAACCCUCAGACCUCUCUCAGGGCCAUGCCCCUCAUCGAACAUAAGCCAAGAUGCACGCGCGGUCCGCCAAUCUCGCAGCCUGCCAGCGCGAGCACUCACAACUCUCUCAACGCGUCAAUCUAUCAUUAAGCAGUCACCCAGAUUACAAACUCGCUCUGCCUCAUCAAAUUCCUCUCCCUCGACAGAACAAAGCGAAGUAACCUUUGCCGGUGCACCAGACAUAACAAAUCACUACACAAUCUUUCCCAAGACGCUCUCCGCAGGCCCACCCCCAGCCUCACAGUUCAAGAUCUCAACCAGCGAUCUCCGCCGAGAAUUCCUCCAACUCCAGGGCCUAGUUCACCCGGACAAAUACCCCAACGGUGUUCAAAAGCAACAGGCAGAGGCUCUCUCGGCACGUAUCAACGAAGCGUACCGAACGCUACUUGACCCGCUGCAGCGGGCUCAGUACAUUCUGCGGGAGUGGCAUGGAAUCGACGUCACAGCGGAAGAUGGAGCUUCGAAGCAUGCGCUCGACCCGGAGACUCUAAUGGAGGUUAUGGAAGUGCAAGAGACGAUCGAGGCGGUCGGGGCCUCGGCUGAGGGAGAGACACAGAUCAAUGCGCUCAAGAAGGAGAAUGAACUACGGGUUGCUGAAUGUGUGGAGAGCUUGGGUGCAGCAUUCGAUAAGGGUGAUGUGGAGGCUGCGAGACUGGAAUGCAUUCGCUUGCGGUUUUGGUACAGCGUUGGGGAAGGGCUGAGAGAGUGGGAGCCUGGGAAUACCGAGAUUCGGUUGACACAUACUGGCUAA